AUGACCAUCUCGACUCGCCGGACGACGAACAGGCAAAGAGAAGAGAAGAACACGGGCUGCGACGAUGACGUUCUCGGAUCGGAUCGGAAGGCCCGAGAGAAGAUGAAGGACGAAGUCGACCUUCUCGUUCUCGGGUUUGGUUGGAAAAGAAGAACGACGAACAACGUGGCCUUCUCGUUCUCAAGCUCGGCUGGGAAAUACAAACGAAGGCAACCUUCUCUUCUCUGA